AUGGGCAAGGAAUGCAACGUGCCCGGCUCCACCGGUGUACCUCUCUUGAGCGAUCAAACGCUGGCCUUUUGGCGCGAGCCCCUCGAGUUUUGUCGCAAACGCACCGAAAAACAUGGCAGCGUUUUUCAGACACGCUUGCUCAACCACGGUACCAUUGUUGUUUGCGACUACGACACGGCCCGCGAGGUCCUAGCUCUGCCCGAGGAAGCCGCCUCUGCUAGCGAAGCGUACGACGACUUGUUCCACGACGUUUUUGGUGAAGAGUCCAUCCUGCUGACCACCCACAACCGCGAGCAUAUUCGCCUCAAGUCCUGCCUCCUCACCUGGCUCGCACCAAGCAACAUCGAAGCCUUGGACCCCCUCCUCACAAACGUGGCCGCUCGAACCAAAGCAAGCAGUGACGAGCCCCUUGAUCUGUACCAGAAUUUGAAAGUCGUCUGCUUGCACGCCACUCUCAUGAUCAUGCUGGGUCUGGAGCAAUCCGUCAUUUAUGAACAGCACUUGGAAAGGCUCCUGCGAGACCACUGGCAUGGCAUUACCGGUCUGCUCAGUACUUUCAACCUGGGUCUGGGCAGCAAAAGCACGGUGGCCACGGCACAGGAGGCUCGUGACAUCUUGAUUCGCCUCAUUCAGGACCAACUUGUACGCGUGCGCGAAGAACCCGACAAUGCGGCCCUGACCUUUUUGCGCCAGUUUGAUAAGGCACUGGACGAAUAUGAUAACGCCUUCAAAGCCGACCAGCUCCUGCUUUUGGUCUCAGCGCUUGUACCCAAGGCCUUGGCCGCCUCCUUGACACUCGCGGUCUUACGUGAGACACAACGCUGCUAUCCCUCGAUGUUCGCCGUGCGCCGACACGUCAAAAAGAAUGAGGGCGUGGACGUGGGCCGCUUUCACAUUCCUCUGGGCUACCACAUCAUGGUGAUCAUUCCACUUGCCAAUGCCGACCCAGCUAUGUACGAGGAUCCCCAGCAUCGUCUCAUCUUCCAUGAUUGGGCUCAACGCGGAACACGUGCACCACAGAGUUUCAACCCGGAUCGCUGGGCCGAAAAUGUGCCCCGGCCCCUGACAUUUGGCCACGGCACACACGGUUGGCUGCCUGCAUCACCCACUACACAGCCUGCCCAGGACGAACACUGA